AUGGCGACCAUAUCCAAAUAUUUAAUUCCAAGAACUGAACUCAUCUACCAUGUGAUGUCGGCUCAACAGCCGCCUCGUCAGUCACAGCAACAGCCGCCUCGUCAGUCACAGCAACAGCCGCCUCGUCAGUCACAGCAACAGCCGCCUCGUCAGUCACAGCAACAGCCGCCUCGUCAGUCACAGCAACAGCCGCCUCGUCAGUCACAGCAACAGCCGCCUCGUCAGUCACAGCAACAGCCGCCUCGUCAGUCACAGCAACAGCCGCCUCGUCAGUCACAGCAACAGCCGCCUCGUCAGUCACAGCAACAGCCGCCUCGUCAGUCACAGCAACAGCCGCCUCUAUAUCUGGUCGACCCUCCUGGUGGUAACGGCAGACAGGUGGUUUGCAUGAAGCUUGCAGAUAAUUAA